AUGCCUCGCUCACAGGCUCCGGACCACCGCAUGAUUCUUGUCGAGCCCGAGGAACUUGAUGUGCGUGAAGUGGAGAUAACCUCCGACAACUUCAAAAAGCUUGAGCCAAAUGUUGAUGGUCGUUGCUCUAGCCCCACCCGGCCGCACGCGCGAGGCUCGUGCCUAGCCUGCGCCCAGCUUUCCGCCCGGCAUGUGGUGCGGCCGCGGCGGCACGAUCUGAAGCUCAGAGGCAAGUUGCCUGGGACCAAGAUCUUCUAUGACGGUGAAGGAGAACAUGGAUGCCCAGAAACGGUGUCCUAGGUUAGGAAAGGUGCUCGUUCUGUAAGAUACUGCACGGGGUGUGACAAACUCUUCUUGUCAUGCAAAUGUGGCGCCACUGC